GGUUCAGUCCCGCCGUGGUUCCAGUGCCCUGCUUCCAGCCGUAGGUCCUGUUUUUGCACGGGGCGCCAUGGGGGAAGCGGAGAAGUUUCACUACAUCUACAGUUGUGACCUGGACAUCAACGUGCAGCUUAAGAUAGGAAGUUUGGAAGGGAAGAGAGAACAAAAGAGUUACAAAGCCGUUCUAGAAGACCCAAUGUUGAAGUUUUCAGGACUGUACCAAGAGACUUGCUCUGACCUUUAUGUUACUUGUCAAGUUUUUGCAGAAGGGAAGCCUCUGGCCUUGCCAGUGAGAACAUCCUACAAGGCAUUUAGUACAAGAUGGAACUGGAAUGAAUGGCUCAAACUGCCUGUGAAAUACCCUGACCUGCCCAGGAAUGCCCAGGUGGCCCUGACCAUAUGGGAUGUGUAUGGACCAGGAAAGGCAGUGCCUGUGGGAGGAACAACAGUGUCGCUCUUUGGAAAAUACGGCAUGUUUCGCCAAGGGAUGCAUGACUUGAAAGUCUGGCCUAAUGUAGAAGCAGAUGGAUCAGAACCCACAAAAACUCCUGGCAGGACAAGCAGUACUGUCUCAGAAGAUCAGAUGAGCCGCCUUGCCAAGCUCACCAAAGCUCAUCGACAAGGACACAUGGUGAAAGUAGAUUGGCUGGACAGAUUGACAUUUAGAGAAAUAGAAAUGAUAAAUGAGAGUGAAAAACGAAGUUCUAAUUUCAUGUACUUGAUGGUUGAGUUUCGAUGUGUCAAGUGUGAUGAUAAGGAAUAUGGCAUUGUUUAUUAUGAAAAGGAUGGUGAUGAGUCAUCUCCAAUUUUAACGAGCUUUGAGAUAGUGAAAGUUCCUGACCCUCAGAUGUCUAUGGAGAAUUUAGUUGAGAGUAAACACCACAAGCUUGCCCGGAGUUUAAGAAGUGGACCUUCUGACCAUGAUCUCAAACCUAAUGCUGCUACAAGAGAUCAACUCAAUAUUAUUGUGAGUUAUCCACCAACCAAGCAACUUACAUAUGAAGAACAAGAUCUUGUUUGGAAGUUUAGAUACUAUCUUACUAAUCAAGAAAAAGCUUUGACAAAAUUCUUGAAAUGUGUUAAUUGGGAUCUACCUCAGGAGGCCAAACAGGCAUUGGAACUUCUGGGAAAAUGGAAACCAAUGGAUGUAGAGGAUUCCUUGGAGCUGUUGUCCUCCCAUUACACCAAUCCAACAGUGAGGCGUUAUGCUGUUGCCCGGUUGCGACAGGCAGAUGAUGAGGAUUUGUUGAUGUACCUAUUACAGCUGGUCCAGGCUCUCAAAUAUGAAAAUUUUGAUGACAUAAAGAAUGGAUUAGAACCUACCAAGAAGGAUAGUCAGGGUUCAGUGUCAGAGAGUGUGUCAAAUUCUGGAAUAAAUUCUGCAGAAAUAGAUAGCUCCCAGAUUAUAACUAGCCCCCUUCCUGCGGUGUCUUCCCCUCCUCCUGCAUCUAAAACAAAAGAAGGUCCAGAUGGUGAAAGUCUGGAGCAAGAUCUCUGUACCUUCUUGAUAUCAAGAGCCUGCAAAAACUCAACACUGGCUAAUUAUUUAUACUGGUAUGUGAUAGUGGAAUGUGAAGAUCAGGAUACUCAGCAGAGAGAUCCAAAGACCCAUGAGAUGUACUUGAAUGUAAUGAGACGAUUCAGCCAAGCAUUGCUGAAGGGUGAUAAGUCUGUCAGAGUUAUGCGUUCUUUGCUGGCUGCCCAGCAGACGUUUGUAGAUCGGCUGGUGCAUCUAAUGAAGGCAGUACAGCGGGAAAGCGGAAAUCGUAAGAAAAAGAAUGAGAGACUCCAGGCAUUGCUUGGAGACAAUGAAAAGAUGAACCUGGCAGAUGUGGAACUUAUCCCGUUGCCUUUAGAACCGCAGGUGAAAAUUAGAGGCAUAAUCCCAGAAACAGCCACAUUAUUUAAGAGUGCUCUUAUGCCUGCACAAUUAUUCUUUAAGACAGAAGAUGGAGGCAAAUAUCCAGUUAUAUUUAAGCAUGGAGAUGAUUUACGCCAAGAUCAACUUAUUCUUCAAAUCAUUUCACUCAUGGACAAGCUGCUGCGGAAAGAAAACCUGGAUUUGAAGUUGACACCCUAUAAAGUAUUAGCCACUAGUACAAAACAUGGCUUCAUGCAGUUUAUUCAGUCAGUUCCUGUUGCUGAAGUUCUUGAUACAGAAGGAAGCAUUCAGAACUUUUUUAGAAAAUAUGCACCAAGUGAGAAUGGGCCAAAUGGGAUCAGUGCUGAGGUUAUGGACACUUACGUUAAAAGCUGUGCUGGAUAUUGCGUGAUUACCUAUAUACUUGGAGUUGGAGACAGGCACCUGGAUAACCUUUUACUCACAAAAACAGGCAAACUCUUCCACAUAGACUUUGGAUAUAUUUUGGGUCGGGAUCCGAAGCCUCUUCCUCCUCCCAUGAAGCUGAAUAAAGAAAUGGUGGAAGGAAUGGGGGGCACACAGAGUGAGCAGUACCAAGAGUUCCGUAAACAGUGUUACACGGCUUUUCUCCACCUUCGAAGGUAUUCUAAUCUGAUUUUGAACUUGUUUUCCUUGAUGGUAGAUGCAAACAUUCCAGAUAUUGCUCUUGAACCAGAUAAAACUGUGAAAAAGGUUCAGGAUAAGUUCCGUCUAGACCUGUCUGACGAAGAGGCGGUGCAUUACAUGCAGAGUCUGAUUGAUGAGAGUGUGCACGCCCUGUUUGCUGCCGUGGUGGAGCAGAUUCACAAGUUUGCCCAGUACUGGAGAAAAUGAAACUGGCUUUGGCCCAUCAAGAUGCUUGACUCCAUAAGGAAACUACUUUAGAAGAAACCUGUGUAUAAGGAAGACUUCAGAGUAACAAGCAAGGAAGAGAACAUUUAAUCUUCAAGAUAUCAUCCGUCCUGAAUGUUCCAUGGUGCCUGAAUUCCGUUUCCUUGAAUGUCAUUGCUUAAAUAUGAUCUUGAAGGAUUUGUUUUGAAAUACUGUAUAUAUUUAUUUUUAAAUGUACACAUUGUUAAAAAGCUAUUUCAGGAUCAUGUACAUAUUGUGAGAGUUCUGGAGGAAUUUUAUGUUGAAAUAGUAAAACAUUUAGUGUUUAAGUUUGAAAUGCCUUUCUUCCCUCAGCCCUUCUCAUCAGGUGUAGUUAUAUGAAUUUGGAUUAACUGUCUCAGUUUAGAAGUUUUUUCUGUUUUGUCUCUCUUUCCUUCGUUUCCAGAUUUUCAUUUUUUUUUUGCCUUAUCUAUAAUACUUCAAGUUUUACAUGUUAUGGCUCCUUCUUUUAUAGUUCGAGAAUUGUAUAUACUUCAAAUAAGACAGUCAUUUUCUCUUACUUAUAAAUCUUGUGGGUUUUUCUUUUUGAAAACUAUAGUUCACAGAUCUCCUAGGUUUUAAGUACAUAAAGCAGGAUAUAAAAAUGUAAUUACUGGAUAACUGGCCAAUAGGUAAUAAGACAAAAGCUUUUAGUAUUGAGCCUAAGAUAUUUUUACACAAAAUGUAAGUAGAAAUUGCCUUUCUGCAAUAAAUUCCUUUUUGAUGAAAACUUAGUUUUCAAAAGCUUUUUGAAUUGGCUCUGCUAAACCUGUUAAUGUAAUAUAUCUUUUCUGAUCUAAGCAAAAUAAUUUUUUGUCUUGUAAAACUGGAAGUCCCACUAAUCCAUCUAGCUUUUUUCCCUCAUGGAACUUUGGGAAAUAGGAACACACACAAAUGAGAAGAGCAACAUAAUAAUCUUUGCAAAUUAAUGUGUUGCAUAGUCACGUGACUUUGUUUUGGAAGAUAAACAAUAUCUUAUUCUUUUGGUGCUGAAUAAAUAUUAAAUAUCAAAUGACAGAAAAGAUUAAGAAGGUUAAAUUAAGUCACAGUUUCAGAGAACGCCAUUAAUUAUGUCUAUUUGAUAGCAAAUUCUCAUCUGUGAGCUUGCCUCUUUAGAGUGGGGUUACCAGCUGGAAAGCAAGCAUAUAAUUAAGAGACAUACUAGAGACAUAUGGAAUGUGAUUUGUAUAAAACAUACAUGCAGAUUAGAGAAAUGGUGAAGAUGAAAAGACCUUUACAAAUCAUCGUUAAGAGAGUUUAUGCCCAAACUAAUUGGCAGGCUCCAUCUUCUGUCUUGCUUUUUCUUUGCCUCACAUAGUUACAUCAUUUUUUGUUACCUAGGAGUUUUUAACCCAUCAGCAUUCCCAUUCUUUUAGUCCUUUUUCUAUUGGCACCUCCUCCAAAAAGUUUUCUCAAAAUGGCGCUGUUGAAAGUGACCUCUCCAAUCUUCUGAACUCUUGUAAUUCUUUAUAUAUAGCUUUUUAAUUGGCAUUUCGUAAAGUAGGGUAUUUUUGUUAUGCUUGCGUCUCUUGUUUCAGAGGUUGGCAAACUUUUUCUGUAAGGGGCCAAGAUAGUAAAUAUCUUUAGCUUUGGAAAGCCUAUGUUCUUGGUCACAACAACUCAACUCUGCUGUUAGGGUGAAAAAGCAGGCAUAGAUAACAGGUAAACAAAUGGGCAGGGCCAGAUUUGACCCUUGGGCCAUAAUUUGCAGAACCCUGUUUGAAUUAACUAUAAGGGAAAACUGUGUCAUGUUCAUCAUCUUUAUAAACUCCACAACACUUUGCAUAGAUAGUGGCAUGCUUAUAGUGGAGCUCUAUAAAUAAUUUUUGGACUAAUAUGAAGUUCUAUAAGGGCAAACACUGACAAAUGGUAAGAAGAGUUGAUCAGGAGUAACCUUGUAUUCAGUGUGAACUUGAUAAUUAUAAAGGAGGUAAAGCUGUCUAGGAAGGAAGAUAGGUAGUGAGUGAGGAAGGAGCAUCUCAGGAUGGACAGUGGCUGUGGUUUUGCUGAGUGUAUUUUGGUUGUGGGAGGCGAGCCUACAUCAGAAAGAAAAGUAAUUCAUCGGUCUCAAUUUCUGCUGCUCAAAGCAAUCUCUUUGCUCAUACUGUUUCCCCCGAAUCCGUUGUUUUUGUUCAGAGCUCUGUCUUUACAGUGUAGACUAUGUGUUUCUUUACUGUCAUUGCCAUCCAGAUCCUUUGACAAGUUCAAUAGUUUUUCAAGCAGGGUUUUCUUUGAGUUUGAGAAAUGUAUUUGUGAGGACACAGUGCUUUAAUUAAAAAGUGUUGAGUACCAUGGUCAUGCACUGUAAGUAUUCAGAGUGAGAUUUCUGAGUAGGGGAGAGAAUGUGGAUGACAGCCACCAAGAGGCUAUGAGAAAGAGAGAAGUAACGUGUGGUUCACGUUCCUAAAUGAAGGGUUAAUACACCCUGAUUUUUGCUAUUCUUCAUACACUAGGGUUAGAUGCUCCCCAGCUCAUUUGUAUUCUAGAGUUUUCAGCUUAGGUAUGUGUGUAUUAUAGCAAUAGCAGUCAACAUUAUGAUAAGGGCUUAUGUGUCAGCACUAUGCUAACUACUUUAUAUGCCUUAUCUCACUGUCAACAGUCCUCUGAGGUAGAAUUGUCUUCUCAUUUUCCAGAAGUUGAAGGCAGUUGAAUCAUCUGCCCAAGGUUAGGCUGCAAGUGAGAGCAGAGAUGAGAUUUGAAGUUGAGUUUCUCAAUUCCAGUGAUCACAGUCCCAUCAAAUUCUCCUGGCCAUUUCUCACUGAGGCGACAAUGAUAGUACUGACCGCUAGUGUGAGCAUGUGUGUGUAUGUGGUCUCUUAGACUUGAAUCCCCCCAAAACAAAGCCUAUUCCUUUUUUC